GGUUCCUCAUUAUUAUUAGUAUAUCUUUUGGCUCCGCCUGUUCUGUUUUAUCUUCCUUCCCUCUCUUUUUUGGAUGUUCUGAUAGAGAAAGCUGUGGCCAGAUUUCGUUACUCAACCAAAACUCCAGACAUUUCUCACCAUUUCCUUUAAAGUUACUACCUUUUUUUAAAGAACAACUGUGCACUGUAUCUGUAAUUAGUAGCAUGUAUGUGUAUGUGUUUUUGCAUUUUUGAUUCCCAUUUUUUUCAGGUUUUUGCAGGUUGAUUGUGAUAUGAGUAAAGUGUUUUGGACCUUUAUAAGUACAAGCCACUAACCAAUGUAUAAUAGAUUGAUUGCUAAUUUCGAACUUAUUUUUAUGUGUAAUAGGUUGUUGGAUUCGGUAUGCAUGGAGUUUUCGGGUCGUUAUAAUAUGGGUAGGAUAAAUAUUGCUUAAUAAAGCCUGCAUUGCUGGUGUUGAGUCUUUUCUCAAGGACUCCACUUGUCUAUUGAAACAUCAGUUGAAAUGGAGAGCUAUUCAUAAUGUAGGUAUUAAUACUCUAGGUGGGUAGAAUCUUGAUUACAGAGUUUUUGUUGUUUCAUGUGAAGUGGGUAGUGUUAUUUUUGGUUCUUGAUUCAUUCAGUUGUGAGUUUUUGGGCAUUCUGAUGUCAAAGUACUAAAGGGUCCUUUUUUGGUGUGGUUACUGUUUAUUUUACCUUUCUGUGAUACUUCAAUAUCUUUGCUACAAGCUUUUGGAUGAAGGUUUAACAUGAGUUUCUUGAUUGAGUUGAGAAAUUUGAUUUCACUUUUUGGUGAAAGUUUCUUGUAUUUGGAAUCAUUCAGGCUUAUUUACUGUGAGAAAUCUAAAAAUGCAGUGAAUAUGUUGGUUGUACAUUAACUGAGUGUAACCUUUCUUGGUGGGGCAGAUGAUACAUGCAUUGUAAAUAAUGUUUUGCUUUUGUUUCACUAAUAUAAAGACAUAUAUACUCUCUUCUGUUAGGUCCCUGUGAAAGUACUAUUUUGUGUGGGGAUACCGGGAUAGGCUUGUGAGGGUAAUAAUUCUGUGGAAUUAAAAGUUUGGAAGCACUUGUGUUCUAUUAUCUGGUAGCAAUGUCUAGGGAAUUGAAGCUGGGAAAGCUCGAAAAGGGUUCGGAUGCUGCUGUGGAGAAGGUUAUUGUGGCGGUCAAGGCGGCCAAGGAAGUGCCUAAGAAUGCUCUUGUGUGGGCUUUGACUCAUGUUGUUCAGCCUGGUGACUCCAUCACACUGCUUGUGGUUGUUCCUUCGCAAAGUUCUGGUAGAAAAUGGGGAUUCCCAAGGUUUUCUGGGGACUGUGCUAGUGGCCAUAGAAGGUCUCGUCCAGGAACACGCUCAGAACAGAAGAUCGAUAUUACAGAUUCCUUUUCUCAGAUGAUACUUCAGCUCCAUGAUGUAUAUGAUCCUCAAAAGAUAAAUGUGAAGAUAAAACUUGUUUCUGGAUCCCCAUAUGGAGCAGUAGCUGAGGAAGCUAAGAGGACUAGAGCUAGUUGGGUCGUAUUCGAUAAGAAGCUCAGACAAGAGGAGAAACUUUGCUUGGGACAGCUACAGUGCAACAUUGUGUCAAUGAAGAGAUCGCAUCCAAAAGUUCUCAGACUGAAUUUGGUUGGAUCACCUAAUAAGGAAACGGAAGGAGGAGGUCAGUCCUCUGAUAAACAAAUCAGAAAGAACAAUUCCUUGGAUUCUAAUUUAGGACAAGUGGUCACUCCAACUGGUAGUUCAGAGCUUUACACUGCUACUGAUGCUGGAACAUCAUCACUUUCUAGCUCUGAUCCAGGAACUUCACCAUUUUCCAUUCCUGAAGCCAAUAAAGAAUUGAAGGAGCGGUUCUCUCGAGAAAAAAAUUGUGAUCUUGAUGAAUCAACUUCCGAGUCGGAUGAUGACGACCUUUCUACGUCAUCCUCAAGUUUACUGUUUCCACGAUGGAUGAAGCAUGUUGACAGUUCAGAAUGUCAGUCCUCCCGACACAUGGAAAAAAGUUCACAUAUGUCUGAAUACAAGGUCCAAACUUCUACUUCGAAUGCCUUGCAUGAGAACUCUUCUAAACAUGAUCAAGAUGCUGGUAUUGGAAGGGUUAGGUACAAACCUGAUUUGGAAUUCAGUAGAAAUGUCAGAGAAGCAAUUUCUUUGUCUACCCAUGCACCUCUCGGCGCCCCUCCAUUAUGCUCAAUAUGCCAGCAUAGGACACCUGCUUUUGGAAAACCGCCAAGAUGGUUCAGUUUUGCAGAACUAGAUCUAGCUACCAGAGGCUUUUCUAAAGCUAAUUUUUUGGCUGAAGGAGGUUUUGGGUCUGUUCACAGAGGAGUUCUGCCAAAUGGUCAGACAGUUGCUGUCAAGCAAUACAAAUUAGCAAGUUCUCAGGGGGAUCAAGAAUUCUGUUCGGAGGUAGAAGUUCUCAGCUGUGCUCAGCACCGAAAUGUUGUUAUGCUGAUCGGAUUCUGUAUUGAGGAUGGACGAAGGUUGCUAGUUUAUGAAUAUAUAUGCCAUGGGUCACUCGAUUAUCAUCUCUAUGGACGCAGCCGAGAUCCACUGCAGUGGUCUGCACGCCAGAAGAUUGCAAUUGGAGCUGCUCGAGGACUGAGAUAUCUCCAUGAAGAAUGCAGAGUUGGCUGUAUUGUCCACCGCGACAUGCGGCCCAACAACAUUCUUAUUACCCAUGAUUUUGAACCACUGGUUGGGGAUUUUGGCUUAGCGAGGUGGCAGCCUGAUGGGGAUACUGGAGUGCAGACCAGAGUAAUUGGUACUUUUGGAUAUCUGGCUCCAGAAUAUGCUCAAAGUGGUGAGAUUACAGAAAAAGCCGAUGUUUACUCUUUCGGAGUUGUUCUAGUGGAGCUUGUUACUGGCCGAAAAGCAGUGGAUCUUAACCGCCCCAGAGGGCAACAAUGUCUCACAGAAUGGGCACGGCCAUUGUUGGAUGCAUAUGCUAUCGAUGAGUUAGUUGACCCGCGAUUAAGGAACAAUUACUCAGAACAGGAGGUCUGCUGCAUGUUGCAUGCUGCAUCCUUGUGCAUUAGCCGUGAUCCACAUUCACGACCACGAAUGUCACAGGUGAUCCGCAUACUCGAGGGGGAUGCAUAUCUAGAUACGAGUCGUUCAUCAACGCCUGGACAUGAUAUAGGCAGUGAGAGUGGAAGGAUAUAUCUGGAUCAUCAUCCAAAGCAACGAAAUGAACCGCUAACUGGACAGCUAAUAAACAAGAAACUGGAAGGGUUUAGUAGGAAGCUCUCACUGGAUGCUAAAAGGUCUGUUUUCCAGGGAAGGGACAAAGCCAGGCGGUCAUCAUUCGAAUGAAGAACUAAGAUAACUUUCAAUUUUGUGAUCAAUGCCAUCGAUCAAUCAUCUAUGUCAAGUCCUUCGCUAAUAUUCCUGUUAACCGUUUCGAAAGGAACAGUGAAGUCGCUUUUGUAUAAGUUUAGUUUACCGGAAAUCAUAGUAAGAAACUAUGACAUUGAACAUAUAAAAUAUUCGACCAGGAUUCGUUUAUCUGAAAUAUGACAAGUAAGCAUAUUAUCAGCGUGAA